AUGGGGUUUUUUCGAAAGAAGACGUCGACGCGAGCGUCUUCGGACGAGGGGAGGGAGAACGCGAGCGCGGAGGGGAGACGGUCGCUUCGGGACGGCGCGGACGGGACGACGUCGCCGAAGGGCGCGCGGAGCGGGGAGCUGAGCGAGAACGGGUCGACUCGGGCGGUGGGGACCGAGCGGAUGUCGCAGUCGAGCGAAUUGGAUGAUUAUGAGUCUCGCGAUACGCUGACGGAGUUCGCGACGUCGAGCGCGAGCCCGCGGGUACCGCCGGGGCGAAAGAGUCUUCGAAGACGGUCGCUCGAACUGUACAGGCAAGCCGCCGCCGGCGCGACGAUGACAAACUCGAAGAAAGCGUUGGUGGAUGCGGCGAUCGAUGAGAUCAUCGCGGACGAGGAAACCGGUGAAUUCGUUCCGGGGACGUCGACGGCUGCGGAGAACUCGGUGUAUCGCACGAUGUUUCACACCGUUCGCCGUCUCGUGGACCUCGAAGCUUCCAAGCGCGCUCACGGCUCAGAUAGCGAUCCAUUAGAUACGUUACAGGCGAUCGCCAACGCGCUGAGUUUAGCGAACGCGUUGAUUUUACAGAUUCAUGGAAGUUUGGCGAGCAAACAGGCGGCGGUGGAUCUGCUCGAUCCAGUCGCGAAAGGCUUCGUCGAACAGUUUUUCACGGCGGACAACUCCUCGCUCAUGCUCGCGCAAAACAUGGCGCAGUUGGCGAUCGAGAUGCGAGGACCAAGAAAUCACAUCCAGAGCCAAAAUCAUUCUGCCGCUUCUUUACCUUCGCGGGCGAGCAGUGAAGGCGUGCGAGAUGAGGACAGUCCGGGAGGGUCCAUGAAUACAAUUUUCGCCGAUGUAGGCAGGAAUCCGAUGUACACGAGUUGGACGUCGUUCGACAUCUACAAAUUCGCCAGCGAGUGCGAGCGCGGACGUAAAGGUCCGCUUCAAACGCUUAGUAUGGGUUUGUUUGACCGUUUCAAUUUGUUUCAUGCUUUACCUUUGGAUCGCAAUUCUGUCUCAAACUUUAUUGCAGACAUUGAGAGGAAAUAUCGCGACAACGAUUAUCACAAUCGCGUUCACGCCACCGACGUGACUCAAGCCGCGGCUUAUCUCAUCGAGACAAGUUUAGAGUCCCAGAUUGAGCCUAUACACACUUUUGCAAUGCUUGUUGCCGCCAUGUCUCACGAUGUGGGACAUCCUGGAGUCAACAACACAUUUCUCGUCAACUGUAAAUCCGCGGAGGCGGAGCGUUGGAACGAUGUGAGCGUCAACGAGAAUGGUCACUUGUUCACAGCUUUUUCGUUGCUCAAGAAGCACGCGGUGCUAGCGAAAUUUACAGAUUCCGAGCAGUCGGACUUGAAGAAGUGGUUACAAAAGAUGAUCAUGUACACCGACAUGGAGUUCCAUGGCGAGCUGACGCAGCGAAUGCUGAAGGAAAUCGAGGACGAACAAGAUGAGGAAACGAAUAGUAUCAAACCGAUUAAACAGUGGCAAAAUAUUUGGGUACCGUUAGCAUUCGCGCUACAUUGCGCAGAUAUUAGUAAUCCCGCCCGCCCGUACGAGCUAGCGUUGGCUUGGGCGCAAGCCGUCACGGCUGAGUUCUACAAGCAGGGAGAUCGCCAACGCAAACUCGGGAUGCGAGUAGAACCCUUCAUGGACAGAAGUCUGGCGGGACCGGCUAGCACACAAUCCAACCAGCUAGGUUUUAUCAAGUUGGUUGUGAAGCCUUCACUUUGUGUUCUCGAGGCGUUCAUGCCCGCGGCUUCGCGACAUCUCUUGGAUACUUUGGAAGAGAACAUCGCGGCGUACGGCAACGACGUCGCCUCCGCGGCUCACGCAGGGAGUUAAAGGUGUA